GCACAGCCAUCCAGAGGCCUCGAAUCUCUACAUCAUCGGUGGUGGUGGCCUCGUUGCAGAGUUUGAGAAGCUGGGCUUCUGCUGCCACGGAGGUCCCACUGAGGACGAAGAGCGCUUCAGCGAGGACGGUUUCAAGGCUUUGGCGGAAGAGGUUGCCGCGACACGCUUCGAUGGCGUGGUGGUCGGAUGGGACACUGCCAUUACCUACUACAAGAUUACAAAGAGUG